CUUUUUUUUUUCUUUUUUUUCCCCAACAAGACAGAAGUCAAGAAGAAAUUUGUUAGUCCGAAGGUAGAGGAAAAACGUAUAAAGCAAAGCAUCUGGAUUGGAGAAGCAACGUUUUCACUUGUGUUUUUUCUCUCUGAGAGGGAUUUCUGUCACUCUCCUAUGAACUGUUGACUUGUUUGGCUCUUAUAGAGUCACAGUGGAGUCAGACUUUGUGGUUUUUGGCAUUCCAAAGGUGUGAGAGACAGAGAGAAGACGGCUGGAGUGGAGGGAGGAGCUCCAGUGCUCUCUGCAUGUCAGGGCGCUGUUCAAAUGGUAAAUAGAUGGUCACAUGGGGCAAUUUUAGGUCUUCAGGGAGCGGGGGGAAAAGGGAGGGAAAACAACAAGGAGUUACGACACUACAGUGGAGGACUUUGGUCUGUCUGAUGGGCAGGAAGCAAGACUUUCGCCUCCUAGUUUAGAGGACGUUUCCAAAUAGAAGGUUUUGGAAUAUUUGCCAUGUUGUGGUGACACUGGAGAUUUAACUCUUUUCACCGGCUCCCCGGAAGGGUUCUGGACUCUCUUUGGAAAUCAUCCUUUGUGGCAGAGGUGUCUUCCAUCAAGCCUCUGCCCACUUCCUUUCUUCUUCUUCUUUUUUUUCUUUCUUUUUUUUUUUGUAAUCCUCGGACACCUGACAGAGGAACCACGAUGCCCACAAACUUCACUGUGGUAAAAGUUGAGGACGUGGGGGACGGCAGCAACAGUGGAGCUGCAGCUGGAAACAGCAGGCCAAUCAGCCUGGACAACGUCUUCCAGGAAGCGGGGGAUGUUAACUCCCCGGAGCCCGAGCCAGAUGAAAGUCACCAAGAGUCCACUCCAUUCCUUAACUCAAGCAGUAACGAGGACUGCAGCUAUGAAGGCAAAAACAUGGCCCUGUACGAGGAGGAAAUGGACAGCACCCCCAUGGUGGCGUCUCUUCUCAACAAGUUGGCCAACUACACCAACCUCACCCAGGGCGUACGUGAGCACGAGGAGGCUGAAGAUGGGGUCAGGAGGGUUGCUGUCAUGGUUCCUCAGAUGGGCACUUUCAUUGGGGUCUAUCUCCCCUGCAUGCAGAACAUUUUAGGCGUCAUCCUCUUCCUCCGCCUGACCUGGAUCGUAGGCACAGCAGGGAUCCUAGAAUCGUUAGCCAUCGUUUCCAUGUGCUGCGUCUGUACUUUACUCACCGCCAUCUCAAUGAGUGCCAUAGCAACUAACGGAGUUGUACCAGCUGGCGGCUCGUACUACAUGAUCUCCAGGUCGCUGGGACCAGAAUUCGGAGGAGCAGUGGGUCUUUGUUUCUACUUGGGAACCACCUUCGCUGGAUCACUGUACAUACUGGGCACCAUAGAGAUCCUGCUGAUGUACAUCGUUCCUUUUGAUGCGAUGAAAGUGUUAGACGAAAACGACAUGCGUAUCUACGGGACGUGCUGCCUCCUCCUGAUGGCUCUAGUCGUGUUUGUUGGGGUGAACUAUGUGAACAAACUGGCUUUAGUGUUUCUUUCCUGCGUGGCCCUCUCCAUCAUGGCCACGUAUGCGGGAGCCGCCAAGACGUUGAUCGAGCCACCAGCGUUUAACGUUUGUAUGUUGGGGAAUCGCGCUCUGAAAAACGAAAUGUUUGAUAAAUGCGAAAAGACGGAACUGGUGACGAACCUUUUCUGCGGCCUCAACUCGACCUGCGAUUUCUUUGAAUCCAACAACAUGAGUGAAAUUGUGGCCAUACCUGGGCUUCGGAGUGACGUCAUCAAAGAGAACUUGUGGAGCAACUAUGAUGACGCCAACAUGAUCAUAGAGAAGAAAGUCUCCCCCAGAUCGCCUUCAGUCAAAGCUGGAAGCAAAGAUCAGUACUAUGUCAUCAACGACAUCACCACAUACUUCACGUUGUUAGUCGGGAUUUACUUCCCUUCUGUCACAGGGAUCAUGGCUGGUUCAAACCGAUCUGGUGAUCUUAGAGACGCUCAGCGAUCCAUCCCAGUGGGAACUAUUUUGGCAAUUCUCACCACGUCUUUCCUCUAUAUCUCCUUUGUUCUUUUGUUUGGAGCCUGUAUCGAAGGAGUGGUGCUGAGAGACAAGUUUGGUUUCUCAGUGAAAACGAUGCCAGUGAUUGGUGUUCUCGCCUGGCCGUCCCCGUGGGUGAUUGUGAUUGGCUCGUUUUUCUCUUGCUGCGGCGCGGGGCUGCAGAGCUUGACUGGCGCCCCCCGUCUGCUGCAGGCCAUCGCCCGUGACGGCAUCAUCCCCUUCCUGCAGGUCUUUGGUCAUGGGAAGAGAAACGGAGAGCCCACCUGGGCUCUUCUGCUCACGGUUGGGAUUUGUGAGAUUGGGAUCCUCAUUGCCUCUCUGGACAGUGUGGCCCCCAUCCUCUCCAUGUUUUUUCUCAUGUGCUACCUGUUUGUCAACCUGGCCUGUGCCGUUCAGACGCUGCUCCGGACUCCCAACUGGAGACCGCGCUUUAAGUUCUACCACUGGACUUUGUCCUUCUUAGGCAUGAGUCUCUGUCUUUCCCUCAUGUUCAUCUGUUCCUGGUAUUACGCCAUAGGUGCCAUUUUGAUCGCUGGCCUUAUUUACAAAUACAUCGAAUACAGAGGGGCUGUGAAGGAGUGGGGCGACGGGAUCAGAGGGCUGUCCUUAAACGCAGCACGCUAUGCUCUCAUUCGCCUGGAGGAAGUGCCGCUGCACACCAAAAACUGGAGACCACAGCUGUUGGUGUUGUGCAAACUGAACUCUGACCUGAAGGUGAAGCAUCCCCGUCUCCUGUCCUUCACCUCACAACUUAAAGCCGGUAAAGGACUCACCAUCGUCGGCUCGGUCCUGGAGGGAACGUACAUAACGCGCAAGGCGGACGCCAUCGCUGGAGAGCAGAACAUGAAAGCGGCCAUGGCUACGGAGCGGACCAAGGGCUUCUCCCACGUGAUUGUGUCGUCCAGCCUGCGAGACGGUUUCUCCAUUCUGAUCCAGUCAGCGGGACUGGGGGGAAUGAAACACAACGCCGUCCUCCUGGCUUGGCCCGCAGGCUGGAAGCAGGCCAGAGACUCCCUGGCUCAAAGGAACUUCAUAGAGACGGUGAGAGAGACGACAGAAGCCCACCAGGCUCUGCUGGUUGCGAAGAACAUCGACCGUUUCCCCAGCAACCACGAUCGUCUGAAGGGGGGCGCUAUUGACGUGUGGUGGAUCGUCCACGACGGCGGGCUUCUCAUGCUGCUGCCCUUCCUGCUGAUGCAGCACAAGGUGUGGAGGAAAUGCAAAAUGCGAAUCUUCACGGUGGCGCAGAUGAAGGACAACUCCAUCCAGAUGAAAAAGGACCUGCAGGUGUUUCUGUACCAGCUGCGCCUGGACGCAGAGGUGGAGGUGGUGGAGAUGCACGACAGCGACAUCUCGGCUUUCACGUACGAAAAGACUCUGAAGAUGGAGCAGAGGUCCCAAAUGCUGAAAGAGAUGCAGCUGUCCCGCACCGAGAGAGAGAGGGAGGCCCAGCUGAUUCACGACCGCAACACGGCAUCUCAUUCUGCGAGCAGCGACAAAGCGGCCGGCGCCACGCCCGAGCACGUCCACAUGACGUGGACCAAAGACAAGCUGCUGAACGAGAGGAACAAGCACAGAGAAGGCAUGGCAGUUAAGGACAUGUUCAACAUGAAACCUGAGUGGGAGAAUCUCAACCAGGCGAAUGUGCGGCGGAUGCACACAGCUGUGAAGCUGAACGAGGUGGUGAAGAAGAAAUCCAAAGACUCCGAGUUGGUCCUGCUCAACAUGCCGGGCCCACCGAAGAACAAGAAAGGCGAUGAGAACUACAUGGAGUUCUUGGAGGUUGUAAUGGAAGGCCUGGACCGGGUGCUGCUGGUUCGUGGAGGAGGCCGGGAGGUCAUUACCAUCUACUCUUAGCGCCUAGUAGCUUUCAUUCAUUUCACAUCUGGAGAAAACAUGGCGGCGCAGUCGGAAACCAGGCUGGAGGUUGACAAACUGCACGGCUUUAAUGCUGGGACAGAUCUCUCCUGCCACACCGUCGCAGACGGAAAAACAAGAUCCAGCCGCUGUUUUAGUGCUGCAGUCCUGCUGUAAGGGGAGGGACUCUCCAUCGCUCCUCACUUUGCUGCUGUUUUCGCUCCGCCAUCAUGUGGCCACACUGGGGGGAAAAAAAAACCCCAUCUUGUAUGAUUUCUGAAAGAACUGACAUUUCACAUCGACGGUGUCUGAUCCAGCAACGACCGUUUUCCUGGAGAAGAACAUCCUGCUGUCUGCGUCCACCAUUAGCUACUAUAAGUUCACAGUGAGAUGGAGACUAAACUAAACUUCUUAUUUAUUUAAGAGCCAGUUCCAGGUGUAUUUGGAACUGUAUUCAGACCAUAGAGUUUCUCAAAAAAUGAUUAAUCUCACAAAAGGUUUUCGUUACAGAGAAUGCAUGCAAAAGUAUUGACGAUGAGCUAAUCAAUAGUUUGGAUUUGUCAAUUCUUCGCUGAGGUUUUUGCUGCCUUUUCUGACUGUUAUCUUUAUGACUAAGUGGCAAAAUGAGAAUGCAGCAUAUGCAUUUCCUCUCCUGUAUAUUAGCAAAUCUUUUCGAUGUAUUUUUGUUAGAAAGCCACUUGUCUCGUUAGUAGUUACUCUUCAUGUUUUAAGUUAAUUUUAUUCAAUUGUUUUUUUUGGGUUUUUUUUCCCUAAACCUGAAGUUUUUCUGUAAUGGGUGCAUUUUAUGAUUUUAAUCAAAAAUAAUUACAAUUUUAAAAUGUAAUGUCAGUCUUAGUGAAGUCUACGUUUUUAUGUAUAAAGUUUUAAACCGCAA